CCCGGCCUUUGAGGCGCGCCCACGCGCGCCGCCCAUUGGCCGUCGCCGGCCCCGCGCUCCGCCCUUCCGCGCCGCGGAUUGGCCCGCCCCCUUGCCCGUCGCGGCUCUGCGCCCGCCCUGGGGGUUCUUGGGUUUGUGCCGCCGCCCGAGUUGUUUCUGGCUCCCUCGGCGGCCGUCUCCGCCCCCCGAGCGCGGGCACGGGCGGGCUGAGGGACCCGGGGAGCUCCCCCAGGGAUCCCCCUGCUGUAGGGGAAGCUCUGGAAUCCUCCCUGCUGUAGGGGAAGCUUUGGGAUCCCCCUUUUCUAGGGGCACCUCAGGGAUCCUACAGCUAUAGGGGAGCUCAGAAACCCUCCCUCUUAUAGGAGCAUCUGUGGGAUCCCCCUGCUAUAGGGGCAGCUCAGCAAUCCCCUUGCUAUAGGGGCAUUUCAGGGAUCCCCCCCUAUAGGGGGAGCUCAGAAACUCUCCCUUCUAUAGGGACAUCCCACUGCUAUAAGGGAAGCUUAGAAAUCCCCCUUGCUCUAGGGGACAUUCAGAAAUCCCCCUUGCUCUAGGGGCAUUUUGGGGAUCCCCCAGCUCUAGGGGGCUCUGGGAUCCUUGCUGUGGGGGUUGCUCAGAGAUCUCUCUUGCUACAAGGGCGAUUCCCGUGGGCACAGGGAGAAACCCGGGCUGUGGUAGGGGCAUCUCGGCUGCCCCCACGCCUGGCAGGGGUCAGCUUGGCUUGGAGCGCCCGGCAGAGCAGGAGCGGGGCUGGCAGCAGUGGUGUCCGCUAAAGGGCUGUCCCCUCGCGCGCCGUCCCUGGAGCAUGGACCACGAAGGGCUCCUCUGUGUCCACAGAUGCGAGACCCCCCGGAGGCGGUAAGGUGGGGCUGGAGGAGAGACUCGCACCAUCAUCGCCGACGCUUCCUCCUGUCUAGAUCUGCCCAUGCCUCCCUCUGAGCACAGUUGGCUUCCCCUGCACUGUGCAGGGUACAGCGUGGCACUUCUUCCAAGACCCAAGAUGUUGCUGUCUAGCAAAUGUUCCUUCUAACAACACACCAUGAACCACCCAGCUAUUCCCUCCACAGCGCUGUUGACAGACUGAAUCAUGUCGUCCAAAAGGAACAGAUGGGCUCCGGGCUUCUCCUUCCUGCUGUUAUGUUCCUGUUGCAUGUCUUCAGCAAGGAAUGCAAAUGCGCUUCUGGAGCUGAGCCCCCAAGAGUAUUUCAGUAGCUUGCGACCCGGCAAAGCAUCUCUGGUUUAUUUUAGUCACGAUGUUUCUCCAGGUGUCAGUCCAUUCCUGGAACAGAUAGAAAGCUCUGUGGAACCUCUCCAGGACUACGGGAUUUCUGUUGUGAAGGUGAAUUGUCCUAAAGAAGAUGUAUCAAGAUAUUGUGGGAAGCAAAAUACCUUACUGAAAGCGUAUCUGUUCAGAGGGAACAUAUUGCUCAGAGAAUUCCCUACGGAUGCUUUGUUCAACGUGAACGCUAUAGUAGCCAACGUCCUGUUUGCACUUCUCUUUAAUGAAGUUAAAUAUAUUGCAUCGCCUGUGGAUCAUCAGAAUCUAGAAAAUUCCCUGAAGGGAAGACUGAAUGUCGUCUUUGCCUACGUACCAGCGAUUGGAACAGCAGAGCACAGAGCAGUCAUGGAAACGGCUUUUGUGUACGGCACUGCUCACCAGUUUAUUCUAACCACUGAAGUGUUGCUGCUGAAGAGUGUCAGCACUGAGGAUACUGAUGGAUUAUCUGCUCAGCUCUUCUUCUGCCACUGUAAGCGUGUCAUGGAUCCAACACAGCCAUGCAGAAGGACUCCCAUGGAGCAGCCACUGAGCACACUCAACAUCCACAAGUAUCUCAAGCUGAUGGAGGCACCUAUUGUGACUGAAGUUGCUGCAGAUCCUGAGAAAGUUUCAACAGUUCACUUGCAGCUCGGCCUGCCCCUGGUGUUCAUCCUCAGUCAGAAAGAGACCUACGAGGCUGACCGCAGAACUGCAGAAUUUGUUGCAUGGCAGCUGCUGGGGAGAGCGGGCGUUGCGCUUUUGGCAAGGGACUCCUUGGGUCUGAAUGUCCUUCUCCAGUCUAAUGUUGCUCUGAAGACAGCAGAGGAGGGUGUGCCCAUCAAGUACCUGGUUUUGGAGGAUACCGAUGAAAUUAUUGCCCUCGUGGAAAAUAAGCUGAAAGGGGAACAAUUCCAGGAGUAUGAGGAGGAAGAAGACGAGGAAGAAAAAGAGAAUAGUGAUAAAGAUGUGCAAGAUGACCAGGUGGUAGAGGCCAUUCACAGAGACCGGAAGAGAGAACUCCCUUUAGACCUCAUCCGAACCCUGACGGAGGAGACGUUUCACGGGGCCCUGACAGAGACUGGCCACACAGCGGUGCUGUUCUACACCAGCUGGGAAGCCGUGUCUCUAGCAACGCUGCAGUCCUAUGUGGAGGUGGCCAUGGAACUGAAAGGAACCUCGGGAGUUUCCCUUGCCAGGGUGAACUGCUGGGACUGGCCUGGUGUCUGCGCGAAGCAGAAUGUCACCCAAUUCCCUGUUGUAAAGAUCUAUGAGAAGGGCGAGAGACCACUGACCUACAGCGGCAUGCUAGGGACAGAAGAUCUGCUCAGGUUCAUCAUGCUGAGCAGAGUGUCCUGCCCUUUAAAGCUGGCCUCAGUUGCAGCUGUGGAAGGAUACUUAAGAGGGGAACUCCUUGCCGAGCUGUCGCCAUAUCACACCACCUCCGUUUUGGGACUGUUUACACCCAGCAUGAAAGAAGCCAGAGAAGCAUUUAUUGAAGCAGGAGCCAUCCUAAAAGGAUACAUCACAACAGGAUUGUAUUAUGGAGAUGAUGCUCUGGUUCUAUCCAGUAAAUACAACGUGCCUCUCCCAGCGCUGCUGUUUGCUCGUCAUGAAGAACGCAGCAUAGACCCUGUCCUUCUCUCCAGACUGACGCCACAGGAGAUUGCUCAGACCAUCAGAUACCAAUUACUGGAAACAUUCCCAGAAAUUACCGUGGAAAACCUGCCCACGUACUGGAGCCUGGGGCGUCCCUUACUCAUACUGUUCAGUGACAGCGAUCUUGGCCCACGGGACAGGAAUGAAAUGCUGCGUUUGGGGAGGGGAAGUGACCGCGAGGCAUUCCUCGCCUGCUGGCUUAACCUCCAGAGGACUCCAGUUGGCCUGGGGAUCCUGAAGGCCUACUUCAGCACCCCGCCGCCUUUGCCUCUUCUUGCCUGGGUGAACCUUCACGCCGGGGGCGAGGUAUUUGCAUUCCCUCCAGACCAGCCUGUCACCCAGAGUAAUGUCUUGUCUUGGCUCGAGAAGUGCAGAGCAGGGCUUCAGCUUCCCAGCACCACCUUGUCUGAUGCACCCUGGACGCCGCCUCUGCCCGCGUACAAUUUUCUGCGCAUGAUGGAGUCCACGCUGCCCGAGUUCACCUUGCACACCGCGUAUGGCCGAGGAGACCCGACUGGGCCACGGCAGGCGGAGGCUGCAGAAGAGAAGGCACCUGUCAGGGAGGAGCAGGCCGAGGAGCCCAGAGCAGAGGCAGAGAAGGGCCCGCCACCCGGGAGAGACCUGCGUGGGACAGUCCCGAGGCUGGUGGGGAGGGAAAGGCACGUGAAGAGACAUGCUGAGCUGUGAGGGGUGGGAUUAGCCUCUGGGCAGGGAGGUUCAGUGUGAGCACUUCCUCCCAUGCCAGCUCACCAUUGACUUCACUGGAGGGUGUCUGGAGAACCAGAGGGGACACGGCACGUUCGGGGACAGCUGCCCUCGAGGGAGUGACCUUCCAUGUGAAGCCGGCCCCCAGUUCUGCGGGGUGCAGGGGGUGCUGUUCAGUGCCUCAGUGACAGCCGUUCCAGUCCUGCAAGCCUUCCAGCCCCCAGCCGUGGGGAUGGCCAGGGCACCAGCCCAUGGGAUCCCAGGGGAGGCAUUGCAUUUGUAACCCUGCCGGGGGGGCUGGACAAACAAAUGUCUAUUGCCAUGGCAGUGAUGCUCAACCAAGGUGCCACAAGAUCCUUUUGGGGGUUCCAGGGUGCCACACAAUGUUAGCACUGUUAGGUGUACAAGCAUGAUUCACAGGAUAAACCCAGAGAUUUCAGCUAGAGAUGCCUAGCUGUGCUCAUUCUGAGUCCUUUGCAACAGCAAACCUGCUCUGUUAUCCUUCUGUAGUAAAAAAUGAGUAAAAACAAAGAGUUGGCAUUUUCCAA